CCCUCUCCCAACGUUCACUUUCUCUCUCUUAAACUCCCAACUCUCUCCCUCUUCCUUCUGUCCCCGUAGAUAAAUAGUACAUACCCACCAUCCAUAAAGCCACUAACCCUUGUCUCUAAAUUGUGCUUCUUCUCUACCAUUCCUCUUUUCUAUACAAUACACUAUAAUUCAAUCUCAAAGAGGAAUUGUAGAGUCUAAUUCUCUUUUCAAAAUUUUAUUUUCCUCUAAAAAUAAAAAAAAAUUCCAAGAAAUGGAAGCAAUGAAGAUGAAGCUUUUUGUCGUUUUGAUGGUUGUGUUGAUGGCUUUCUCCACCAUGCAAAUGGCUGCAGCAGCUGAUGCACCAGCACCAAGCCCAACUUCUGAUGCCUCUGUUUUUGUUCCUACAUUCUUUGCAUCUUUGGUUGCUCUUGCUUUUGGUUUCUUCUUUUGAACCUUUAAUUAAAUCAUAAUGUAGCGUGAUUUAUUUUAUUGUAUUUUUUUUUUGGUUUAUUUUCUCAAUUCUCUCUCUACCCAUUUCUUUUUCUCUUUCUAGUUUCAUAUAUCUAUCUCCCAAUUUUCUUGCUUUCCCUCAUUUUAUCCAUCUUGGACAUAGAGGCAAAAAGAAAUGGGCAGGGCUUGUUUAGAUUUAUUCUUGAUUAUCAUUGUUAAUGUACUUGUGGUGUGUGAUUAAUGUAUUUUGCUGUCUUCUUGUCUUA